AUGCGUAAGUUGGGCUUUGCAGAGAGUCAGAUUGUCAUGAUUAUGAAGUGUGUCAGUACCGUUUCUUACUCGGUUAUUGUUAAUAGCAGUCCAUAUGGCAAGGUGACACCUUCUAGAGGACUCAGGCAAAGGGACCCUUUAUCCCCGUAUCUCUUUCUUCUCUACGCGGAGGGGUUGAGUUCUUUAUUGCAAAGUGCUAAAAAUGAAGUGAGGAUAACGGGAGUUCCUGUGUCGGCAGGUGGUUUUCAUUUGAGUCACCUCUUUUUCGCUAAUGCUAGCUUACUCUUUUGCAGAGCUAAUUUUGUAGAAUGGGGGAAUGUUUUAUCGGUGUUGCAUACCUAUGAGCUGGCUUUGCGACAAAAGUUGAAUAAUGAGAAAACCUCCAUUUUCUUUAGCAAAAAUACUCGAAGGGAGUUCAGAGAUCAUAUCUGCUCGUUUGUGGGUAUUUCAGAUUCAUCCUCUUUUGAGAAGUGUUUGGGACUUCCAGCAAUGGUGGGUAGAUCAAAAACUCAAACUUUUGCAGGGAUAAAAAGCAGAGUGCAACGCAAGUUGGAUGGGUAG